AUGUCGCGAACUCUCCCUAAGAGGACUAACCCGCUGAUUCUCAGCGACGUCUCUCCGGCAUGUAAGUCUCCUCUUGAAAUGCGUGGUCGCGCGGCCCCUCAUGCGACCGCUGUCCCGCCUUAUCGUUCCUACCUGCCCUCAUUUUUUCUCGCCGCCAUGGCUAACCCAUCUCCCUCCGUGAUUCUAGACGAUGAGCUUCUUGCGCGCCGCCGUCUCGGCAAGACCAACCUGGCCGUCAAGCCCACCCUCAUUGGUUCGUCGAAUGCUACCAAGCCCGAGAACCUGGGCGUCUUCGAGUACGCCCACCUCCGCGCCCCUUUGCCCCAGGAUCUGAAGGGCUCCGAGAUCUUCCCCUCGCACCCCGCUGUCUCGCACCCAGAAACCUACUUCUUGAUGCGUCGGAGCAAGGAUGGCUUCGUCAGCGCAACGGGCAUGUUCAAGAUCGCUUUCCCCUGGGCCAAGACCGACGAGGAGAAGAAUGAGAGAGAGUACCUGAAGUCUCGAGAGUACACGAGCCAGGAGGAAGUGGCUGGCAAUGUUUGGAUUUCCCCGCUGUUUGCUCUUGAACUUGCUCGAGAAUACCAGAUGUAUGACUGGGUGCGCGCCUUGUUGGAUCCUACCGAUAUCGUGCAAAGCCCGUCAAGCGCAAAGAAGCAGAUCACCCCCCCACCCAAGUUCGAUCUGCCCGAGGAUGAUCACACUCCGUCGCAGCGCCGUAGCCGCCGCUCGGUGUCGCCCAGCAAGAAGUCCCUCUCGCCUCGCAAGUCCCGGAAUUCCAAGUCUGCGAAGGAUGUCCCCAGCACUCCGUCAACAGCGGCUGCCAACAACUCACUUCAAGAAGCGUUGUCAAUCACAGCCAAUAUGGAGUCGGAGGAGAAAGAGUCUAAGCUGAUUGCCGCGGAGGAGAUUGAGGUGAAGACCACCGAGUCACCGAAGAAGAAGGGCCGGAAAUCCAAGAAGGCUGCUGAGGCCGAAGAGGAGAAGGAAAAUGAGAAGGAGGCCAAGAAGGAAGAGAAGAAGACCGAGAAGAAGAAGAAGAAGAAGGAAGCCAAGGAGAAGGAGACCGAGGUCGAGGUCACCGAGACCACCGAAGCCACACCCAAGGGCAAGACUUCCCAGACCAUCGUUUCACUUGACACGCCCAUCAGCCUGCCGGAAGUGCCCUCCGCGGCCGAAACGGAGGAUAUGAUCGCCAAGGCCAAGGAAAUGGUGGCCGAUGCCAUCAAGGGUCAGAGCGAGGGAUCGUCAUCUGCCAAGGUGACGAAGAAGCGCAAGCCCGAGGAGGAUGACGAGGAGACUGCGGCCGAGUCCGCCCAACGGGUGAAGAAGGCCAAGGUGUUGGAGGACAAGCUCAAGCGCGAGCGUGUCCGCAACCGUGCUCUGUUCGGUGUUUCCGCUGCUUUUGCUCUUGCUGCCUCAAUCCCCUAUUUCUUCUAG